GUUAGUAGAUCGUUGCAAAUUAUAGAGCUGUAUCCCCACCUAUUCACCUUUUUAUCUAUACAUUUUGCUGUGCAUAACGAAAAAGCAUCAAUGAGAUUGAGGGAUGAUGAUACAUCAAGCUCAUAUAAUAAAGUAUAUAUUGAUAUAUGGUGGGGCUUAGCUGUAACAGUGUACGCUAUCUCAUCUAAUCGAAGAGGCAAACUAACAUAACUACCUUCCAAUACAAAUACUAAUCAUGAAAUUGAUGUUUCAUGUUCAACACUAAUUCACAAGAGCUAGUUGAGCUCCUGAUUAAAACUGAAAUUCUGUCGAUGUUCUUGCAACAAGCUUGAAGUUAAUAACUCUAAGCUCGAAUUGAGAUGAAAAUAUAUAUCUUAAAGUUCAUAACUGCUUCUUACUGAACUUCACAGCUCUCUUUUUCUCUAUUAACAUCUGCAAUCCUUAGUUUAUAUAGCAGCAAUGAAGAAGAUAAUAUCACCUCUCUCUUCAGAGUAUUGCAUGACAGUUACCACCCCUCUUCUUGCCUUUGAAAAGGAAGCUGAGUGUUCAAGUGGUGGAGUGACACAAAAUAGGGUCAUAGAGUAUGCAGAGACAGAUGAAUAUAGCAUUGAUGAUUCUCCUAUUGAGCAAGUGAGGCUAACAGUUCCAAUCACUGAUGACCCUUCACAGCCAGCACUUACUUUCCGGACAUGGGUUCUAGGGUUAGCAUCAUGUGUGCUCCUUGCAUUUAUGAACCAAUUUUUAGGAUACAAAACCAACCCUUUGAAAAUCACUUCUGUCUCAGCUCAGAUUAUUACCCUCCCACUUGGGAAACUUAUGGCUGCAACACUUCCCAUAAAAACAAUUCAAGUCCCUUUCACAAGUUUGACUUUUUCGUUGAAUCCAGGGUCAUUCUCUGUGAAGGAACAUGUUUUGAUCAGCAUCUUUGCUACCUCAGGAUCUAGCGGUGUAUAUGCCAUUAACAUAAUCACAAUUGUUAAGGGUUUCUAUCAUAGGAACAUCCAUCCCAUAGCGGCUUAUUUGUUAGCGCUAUCGACUCAGAUACUUGGGUAUGGAUGGGCCGGGAUUUUCAGAAGGUUCCUUGUUGAUUCACCUUACAUGUGGUGGCCUGAAAUCCUUGUGCAAGUGUCUUUAUUUAGGGCAUUUCAUGAAAAAGAAAAAAGGCCUAAAGGAGGAACUUCUAGGCUGCAAUUCUUUUUCUUAGUCUUUGUAGCUAGCUUUGCGUAUUACAUAGUUCCGGGCUAUUUUUUUCAAGCAAUAUCAACUGUUUCUUUUUUUUGUUUGAUUUGGAAAGAUUCAAUCACUGCGCAACAGAUUGGUUCAGGUAUGAAAGGCCUCGGUAUUGGUUCGUUUGGUCUCGACUGGAACACUGUUGCUGGCUUCUUAGGCAGUCCUUUGGCUGUGCCUGGCUUUGCUAUCAUCAACAUAAUGGCUGGAUUUGUAUUGUAUAUGUAUGUUUUGAUUCCAAUUGCUUAUUGGAACAAUGUAUAUGAUGCAAAAAAGUUUCCCCUCAUUAGUUCUCACACAUUUGACUCUACUGGUGCAACGUACAACAUUACUCGGAUUCUCAAUACUAAAACCUUCGACAUCGAUAUGGAAAGUUAUAACAACUACAGCAAGAUCUAUCUGAGUGUCACAUUUGCGUUCCAGUAUGGAUUGAGCUUUGCAGCUCUUACAGCGACAAUUUCACACGUUGUCCUCUUCCACGGAGAAAUGAUUGUUCAGAUGUGGAAGAAGACAACGACUUCACUAAAAAACCAACUUGGAGAUGUCCAUACAAGAAUUAUGAAGAAAAACUAUGAACAAGUCCCUGAGUGGUGGUUUGUCGCCAUUUUAAUUUUAAUGGUUAUGAUGGCCUUACUAGCCUGUGAAGGCUUCGGCAAGCAGCUCCAACUUCCAUGGUGGGGAAUCUUACUAUCACUAUCAAUUGCAUUAGUUUUCACCUUACCAAUUGGUGUCAUUGAAGCAACAACAAGCGCAAGAACAGGUCUUAAUGUGAUCACAGAGUUGGUAAUUGGUUUCACCUAUCCAGGAAAGCCACUAGCUAAUGUAGCUUUCAAAACAUAUGGCCAUACGAGCAUGGUACAAGCACUUGGUUUUCUCGGUGACUUCAAAUUAGGCCACUAUAUGAAAAUUCCACCAAAAUCAAUGUUUAUUGUGCAGCUAGUCGGCACUGUAGUUUCUUUGUCUGUCCACUUUGGAACAGCAUGGUGGCUUCUAACAUCUAUAGAGAACAUAUGUGAUGAAUCGUUGUUGCCGAAAGGUAGUCCUUGGACGUGUCCUGGUGAUGAUGCAUUUUACAAUGCUUCCAUUAUAUGGGGAGUUGUAGGGCCAAAGAGAAUGUUUACCAAUGACGGCGUUUAUCCUGGGAUGAAUUGGUUUUUCCUUAUUGGCCUAAUUGCACCUGUACCGGUGUGGCUUCUUUCUAUCAAAUUUCCUAACCACAAGUGGAUUAAACUUAUCAACAUUCCUAUUAUCAUUGUAGGUGCAUCUACUAUUCCUCCCAGGAGAUCUGUGAAUUAUAUUACUUGGGGAAUUGUUGGAAUGUUUUUCAAUUUCUAUGUUUAUAGAAAGUUCAGAGUUUGGUGGGCUAGACAUACUUAUAUUCUCUCAGCUGGUUUAGAUGCUGGAGUUGCUUUUAUGGGUUUAGUACUUUAUUUUUCUCUUCAAUCCUAUGGUAUUUUUGGUCCAACAUGGUGGGGCCUUGAAGCAGAUCACUGCCCUUUGGCUAGAUGUCCUACAGCUCCAGGUGUAUACGCUGAGGGUUGUCCUGUUCCCUGACUUCCAUGAUAACAUUCCAUCAGCAAUAUUGCCAAAUGAAUAUCAUAUUGCACAUAGUCUGAAAAUUUUUUGCCCUUCAACUCAUUCCUUCUGGUAUCCUUAAUGAGGAUACCUGUGUGUUAUUGGGAAUGGUGUUGUAAUACACAUGCCAGAGCUGUUUGAAGAAAUUAACGGCUUAGAGUCAGGGUCUUUUGCUCCAACAUUGUUGGUGCUUUAGUAGGAGUGGUAACUGAACUUGCUGGGAGGAUGAGUUUUUGAGCCAAUACAUACAUGAAUUGCAUGUAUGAUGUUAACAUCUGUUCUUAGUGUUAUUUACGCAGUAGAAAAUAAUGAUGUACUUGUAAUGAUCCUGAGCUUUUGAGUUUCUCUCUUGCUGCUUAAGAGAGAAAGAGGUUUUGUUUGUAUCUUUGAUCAAGAGGGAGCAUAGUUGUUGAAUAGGAUUAGGACUUCAGAUUGAACUGGUGGAUAACUGGUAAAUUAAUUCAGUCAUGGACCUGGUUGAGUUUUACAUAAUAAUUUAGCUGAAUGAUGAAUUUUUGAAA